AAGCAUCCGGUAAUUGAAAUAGUGUUGUGAAAAGGUAUUUAUGCUUUUUGCAUAUUUUAGUUGGCGAGUACCAACUAAAAUGGUAUGUAUUGGUAAAAAGUUAUCCUUUAAUAAAUGGGAAAAACUUAUCCUUGUUCUUGUCUGCUGAGGAAAUCUACAAAAACGUUUUCAUGGCCACAUGAAUGUGAUGUAUAACUUAAUUUGACUAAUCCAAUUGAAUGGGAUACAUGUUUCUGGUUUGGUUUUCCUUGUUAUGGUUAACAAAUGGUCAUUUUAAAUAUUCUCGCUUAAGCAACAGACCAAUUAACACAGAUUAGUUUGUGUUUCAUUAUGUUUAGUUUUAAGGUAAGGUUAGCAUUUUGGUACCUAAUUAUGUUCCCAUCCUGUGAAACUAUAACCAUGUAAACCAAUUGUUUUUGGAGUAAUCUUCAUAAUGGGCUUCAUUUGCUGUUGGUGUUUUUAUGUGGUUUCAUUAAAGGAAUGUUAAAUAUACUAUAUAAUAUGUCUAAAUAGUUUAAAAUAGCACAUUUUAGUGGAAUUGUGAAAGUUGUGUAUUUUAUAAUGUGAUUGCCUAUACUAAAAUGCUUAAGUGCCCUAUUAAUAUAUAUUUUUUUGGAGGAAUGAUUAUCACAGUUCCUAGAUGGAUAUGCCACCAAAUGUAUAACGCAGUUACUUUAACUGGAAUCCGUAUUUCAGAGUUAGAAAACGCAAGACUCAACUUGUAUAGUACGAUUACGUUCGAGCCCUUCGCCAAGUACACAUUGGGACAACCUUUACCGGAACUCGCGGGCCGUAGUGCAGGUUGCCUUGGGAACGCGCUGACAACUUCCUGUUUUCAUCUGGAAAAUGGCGGAGGAGAAACCUCGAACGGAUUGUGUAUCCUCUCUGGCUAUGGACAGCAAGAAGACCCGCCCAAAGAAAGCUCCAGAGCUGCCCAUCCUGGAACGCAGGAACUGGCUCAUCCACCUGCAUUACAUCCGCAAAGACUACGAGACCUGCAAGACGAUCAUCAAAGAGCAGCUGCAGGAGACGCAGGGAAUGUGUGAAUAUGCUAUUUAUGUUCAAGCUCUCAUCCUGCGCCUGGAGGGGAAGAUCCAGCAAUCCCUGGAGCUGUUUCAGAGCUGCGCCGUGCUGAACCCCCACAGCGCCGACAACCUGAAACAGGUCGCUCGCUCGCUCUUCUUGCUGGGGAAGCACAAGGCCUCCAUUGAGGUGUACAACGAAGCAGCCCGACUCAACCAGAAGGACUGGGAGAUCAGCCACAAUCUGGCAGUGUGCUACAUGUAUACCAAAGACUUCAGAAGUGCUGAGAAGCAGCUGAAUAUUGCCUUGGACUUAAACAAGCAUGACCUGACCUUCAUUAUGCUGGGGAAGAUAUUCCUCCAGCAGGGAGAGAUGGAGAAGGCCAUUGAGGUGUACAGAAAGGCUGUAGAGUUUUCCCCGGAGAAUACGGAGCUUCUGACAACUCUUGGACUGCUCUAUAUGCAGAAUGGAACCUACCAGAAGGCUUUUGAGCACUUGGGGAACGCCCUGACCUACGACCCCAACAACUACAAGGCCAUCCUGGCCGCUGGAAGCAUGAUGCAGACACACGGUGACUUUGACGUGGCCUUAAAUAAGUAUCGCGUGGCAGCCUGCGCCAUGCGCGAGAGCCCGCCACUCUGGAACAACAUUGGCAUGUGCUUCUUUGGCAAGAAGAAAUAUGUGGCGGCCAUCAGCUGCCUGAAGAGGGCUAACUACCUGGCGCCGUUUGAUUGGAAGAUCCUGUACAACCUGGGCCUGGUGCACCUGACCAUGCAGCAGUACGCCUCAGCGUUCCAGUUCCUGAGCGGCGCUGUGAGCCUGCAGCCCCGCAUGGGCGAGCUCUACAUGCUGCUGGCCGUGGCACUGACCAAUCUCGAUGACGUGGAGAACGCCAAGCGAUCAUACGAGCAGGCCGUGGCCUUGGAUAAGUCCAACCCCCUGGUGAAUCUGAACUUUGCCAUCCUGCUGUACAACCAGGGAGACAAAGCAGGUGCUCUUCAGCAGUACCAGGAGAUGGAGAGGAAGGUCAACAGCUUGCAGGAGAGUAGCGCCAACCCGGAGUUUGACCCGGAGCUGGUGGACAUGGCCCAGAGGAUGGGGGCAGCACUGCAGGUAGGCGAAGGGGUCUCAUGGACAAGGCCGUCCAAGGACAGAAAGCCCAGACAGCGGCCUGCAGUCUCUGCCAAGGCGGGGACAUCCCAGCAGCCUCUGGGCACCAACCAAGCCCUGGGUCAGGCCAUGUCCUCAGCCGCCAGUUACAGCAAGAGCAUGCAGCUCUCUGCAGGCGCCUCCCCAAGUGAGCCUGAGGACCGGGAGCCAGACAUAGAGGGCGCCCCGCCUCCACCCUCGGAGCCCCCUGGCUCCCCUGAGGACCCCAAGCUGAAGGAGAAGAAGCCGGCAUCUAUGGAUAACAGCCUUCACAGAAGUAACUGGAUAAAUCGAGUUAACAAGGACUGAGAGGAAUACAAGACUGGCCAUAUUUAUCCUGUCGCUGUGGCAGCCAGCGCUAUGUGUUAGUAAGUGAUGACACAUUCCUUUAAGAACUUGUCUUCUAAUCUCAAAACCAGUUGUCCCUUAUGCCUUCUUAUAAUCAUAUUCAUCGAUUACAUGAGCUGUCCCUUACUUUCAGUGGAUUUGUGUGUCAUUCUAUAAGAUGCUAUAUCAAAAGUUUUAAUCUGGAUCUGCAGCUAUUUGCAUUGAUUCGUUAAUUCUUUUAAAAACGGCCGUAUGGUUAUCACAUAAUCUCUUUCAGCUCUGCAGUUUAAUAUGGAUCUUCCUGCAGCUAUUUGUGUUGAUUAUCAGUUAAUUCUUAAAAGUGGCUGUGUAGUUAUAACCCUAACCCCACAUAUCCCACAACUGUGCUGCUAUGUACAGAAAUGAGUAUCCAAAAAGAAAGAUAAAAUAACGGUGGAAUCACUUUCUAUCUUAGCAACUCAUUCAACGUCUCAUUCAAAUAGGAAAGCACUUUGCUGAUGUUUCCCAAAAAUUAAGACAUGUACUUUGAAGUCAAAAUGUUAAAUGAUGAAAAUAACUUCAAUCUGAGUUCUAAAAGUAUAUGUCUGAAGCUAUUCAACACCUAAAUUUUUGUAAAUAUUGAUAUUUACAAAAAAAAAAAAUAUAUCAUGAUUCUCUGUAGCCUAUCAGAAGCUAUGGAGUGUGAAGGUUUCCUCCCACUGGCUCAGGCUCCACUGCUCAGCAAACCUGCCAUUUCACACCAGCAAUCUAGGUGCUGCCCUCUACCAGUGGAGGACUGUAGUAACUGCCAUACUUAAUAUCAUAAAAGUAACUCUACAUUUCAAAAACUGGUUGUGAUUAGACCAAUGCAUGUAAACCUAUUUUAGCAUAUCUUGUAAAAAGAAAAAGGUAUGGAAACUAAAUCACACAUUCAGUAACAAACACACAGAAAAGCAACAAUCAAAAUCAAAAGUCCCUGAAUAAUGAAAUAAAUUGGGGAUAAAAAUGUCACAAGCUUAAGGAAACGAAUUACCUGCCGAUCAUAUUAAAUGACAGCAAGCAUAAGACUUGGGUGGGGGCACAUUCUUUUCAAGUACGGGAUGCACAGUUGUGUUUUGUUACUGCAGGUUCACUGUAAUUUAAGACCUGGGUCUCAGUGUCACGCACUGCCGCUCUGGCCGGCUGUGUCCGGUUACAUCAGGAGCAUGCUCACGCCCAUCUCGCUAACGGGCCACUAGCGCUGUAUUCCUCACGCGGACUUUCUGCAGCCACCCUUUACCAUCGGACGCUAAUGUGAGCGCUGGCUGGGUCAGGGCUCUCCCUAAUGCCUGGCAGGUGCGGCCAAUUGAUAACAAGACCAUCAGAUGGAUGGUCUGUGCCUGCAGGUUUAAACGGCACGCUCAUGGCCGUUGGACGCGAGACCUCAGUAGCAGCUGGAGUGGUGAAUUCCUGCAGGUUAUUACGACACUUCUCAAGUACUCUUCAAACGAGGUCAACAGGAUCAGUCGUUAGAAGUAAACAAACCUACUGCAUCGAGUUUUUUUUUUUUUGGGGGGGGGGGGGUCUGGCCUAUAAGCCCUAUGCCUAACAGAACUGUGUCUCCCAGACGACAGUCCUGAAGAAGGUGGGGGGCGGGGGUUCCCAGGCCACUACUGCCGCUGGAGCAUGACAGAGUACAGGAGCCCCUCCGCAGAGAUAGCAUCGCCCAGGCCCACGGUCCGCAGUGGCUGCUGACAUACCAGCACGGGGCUGAGGUGGAAGGUGACGUUCCGCCGGUGCCACACAGUGACUGGCCGCCGGGGGUCCAGUGCCAGGCUCUCACCUGGCUCAGCGUGGGAGCCAUGGAAGCGCAGCGGCGCUCGCAGCCGCACCCGGGAGGCGUCGACUUGCUGCACCCCGCAGGCCUGCGCACUGGCCACGCGAGCCCCCGCUGCCACCGCCGCCUCCUGAUUGCUCCAGUGGCCGUCCACCGUGGCCAGGAUGUGGUAGGCCAGCGUGUGGAAGUGCACCCGGGUGAGGUCGGCCUCCGACUCGGGAUCCGUGCGUCCGUGUGUCUCCAGGAGCCAAAGCAGGAUGUCGCUGACCUGGCCCACGUUGGGAACGCUGUCCCAGGAUGCCACCUGGGAAUGGGGCCCGGAACCCGCCUGAGAAAGGAAGAGGAGCUCCUGCUCGUUCAGUCCGAUGGAGUUCACGAUGGGCAUGACCUGCUAACAGAACACAGCACCGUUCAGUGGUCAUUACAAAAGGACACCCCCCCAUCCGUCAGAAUACAGCACUGUACAGUGCUCAUUACAGAAAGAUGUCCCCCUACUGUCAGAUGUCUCAGUGCCAAACAGUGCUUAAGACACCAUCCAUCCAGGAGUGAUUAUUAAAGAAAGACUAAUCUACCAUUAGAACUCAGGACCUUACAGUACAAAUUACAAGUGAGAGAGAACUUAAGUCUAUAUUGGUUCAGGUAGUCGGUUAGUCUUACAGGCGGUCCCACAAAUACCAUUACAUUAGAAAAUUCCUCAGGUACAUGAGCCCCACUUAACCCUUUCAACCCAAUCGAUUUUUGAGCGUUUUCUAUACCUUUGAUUUUAGGCUUACUGCAUGGUAUGUUAUAAAGUAAUAAUAAUAAUAAUAUAUAAUGUGUGUGUGUGUUAUAUAUUAUAUAUAUAUAUAUAUAUGUAUAUAUAUAUAUACACACACAAAUAUUAUACAUAUUACUUUAUAACAUCUGAAAGAAAUUGAAAUAGAAAAGCAUUGGCUAGCUUAUGAUUCAAUGCAUAAAAACACAGAGUUUGAGACUAAUGCUAAAUGUUUAUCGCUAUUGUUCUGUCUGCAUAUGCUACGCUUGGUAAAGUGAAAUUUGAGAAUGAAACGAUAAGUCGGCAUUUUAGCCUCAAAUAACAGACCAACUAUGUAGCAUGUCAUUGUGUUUACAUGUAGGUGCUGUUACAAUUACACGAUGGGUGUGUUAUAUUUCAACGGUAUUGAUGAAGCUUGACAUCAGACGUACAAAUACAAAGUAUUGUGAAUAAACAUUAGGAAAAUA